AUGAUCCAAGACAAAAGUGUAACAGAUGAAACCUUGAAGGAAUAUUUAGCCAAUGACAGAGAGAAGACCCUGGAGGAAAUAAUUGAUGAAAUCCAGCAAGAACAGCUGAACCAGGUUGAUGAAAAGCUUUUAGCUGAUGUCAGAGAUAUUGUAUCAACAGUUCAUGAAGGACGUGAUAUUCCCAAUGACGGCUCAAAGAACAGUGAACUGAAAACCAUCCUAAAGAAACUCUGUUUGGCAGUGGAAAAAACUCAAACUGAAAACAAUAAGAAGCCAUUUCGGCCACGGCUGACACAGAUGGUGAGCUGGAGUCUUCUGGCUCUUUCAGAAACAGGGCGGUUACUUCAGGUCAGGACUGGAGAGGGGAAGUCCUGCAUCGUGGCCAUGUUUGCAGCUUUCAGGGCUCUGAGAGGGGAAACAGUCGACAUCAUGUCGAGUUCACCGGUUCUUGCAGAGAGAGAUUUUGAAGAAUGGCAAAAGUUUUAUAGAGAGUUGAAGAUCCGUGCAGACCACAACUGCAACAAAACAGAUGAAGAUUUGAAAAAGUGCUACGAGUGUCAAAUUGUUUACGGAACCACAGAAGAGUUUGCUGGUGACUGGCUCCGGCAACACUUUCAGAGAUUAGACAUAUUAGGACAGAGAAGCUUCCAGUGUGCAAUAGUGGAUGAAGUGGAUUCCCUGAUGCUAGACAAAGGUCAUCAUACAGUCUAUUUAAGCAGUAACAUGCCUGCUUUGCAGCAUCUCAACCCACUCUUGGCAUGUAUAUGGGCCACUGUUAAUCAGUACAAGAAAACAGGCACAGCUGCAACUGUGGGACCAAAAACAUGUUUUUAUCAAGUCCUUGAAAACACGAUGGUCAAAGAUGGUGAUGAGGUCAUCAUUCGUCAGAUAGCAGAGGACACAGGUAUACUGACAACAGGAUCAGUCAAAGACCUGAGAGAGAACCAGAGCCUCUUAAUUGAAAUGACUAAAAGUGUUACUGUGAAGCAGCUGGCUGAGUUCUUUAAGGCAGUGGGAAGAAGAUUCCCAUCAUGCCGGUUUUCUCUUCACCACAUAAACAGCAACGGUGCAAUGGAGGAACUUCACAAAGAGCUGCAGAGUGAAAAUGGGGAAACUAGAAGAGUGUCACUGCUUUUACUGGAUGGUGGCUUCUGUCAGUACAUAUACUCUGAUCCAAAUAGUGUGCUGAGUGCUGUAGAACAGGAAGUAAAGAGUGUAAUUCAUUUUACACCAUGUGACCUGAGCCAGACUAAAAGCAGCUGCUACAUCCCAGGCUUCUUCUCAGAGCUGGUCGAAUCUAAACUAAAAGUCUGGAUUAAAAAUGCGUUUAAAGCAAAAGUCAUGACAGAAGACCAUGAAUAUGUGAUGGAGAAACAUGGAAUCGUGCCUGUGGACUACAGCUGCACAGGGGUUGUUGAAAACUACAUGAAGUGGACUGAUGGACUGCAGCAGUUCAUUGAACUGAAACAUGAGUCAAAGAUGAGUGACAUGACCGCGAUCACAAACUACAUGUCCAAUGUCGGCUUACUGCAGAAGUACAGAAACCAGUAUGGAAGUCAGAUCUAUGGGAUGUCUGGGACUCUGGGCCAAAAAGCAGAGACUGAGACUCUGCAAAAGAUUUAUGACAUCAAAACCUGUCAGAUACCUUCAUUCAAACGUAGGAAGCUGUUUGAGGUUGAAGGUGUGGUCCUGGAGGAUGAAAAAGAAUGGACUGAAAAAAUCUGUGAUGUCAUCAUUGCACAAACCAGGCCUACAUCAUACAGGAACCCAAGAGCUGUGCUGGUCAUCUGUGAGACCAUCAAACGAGCAAAGAUGAUCAAUCAUCAUCUUGGAGACAGAGUCAAGAACAAAAGUCUUUAUAUAAGCAACAACAUGGACAACAGUGUGAUUAUUUCCAAGGAGCUCAAAGCAGGAGAAGUCAUCAUAGCAACAAACCUCGCAGGCCGUGGAACCGACCUGAAGGUUUCUGAUGACGUGAAGAGAGCUGGAGGUUUGUUUGUUGUGCAGACCUUCCUGCCCAAGAAUGCUCGUGUGGAGGCGCAGGCAUUUGGACGCACAGCAAGACAAGGAUCUCCAGGAUCUGCUCAGCUCAUUCUAAAGUCGUAUCAGGGAAGCGACAAUGAUAAAGUAUCGGCCGAUAUGUCUUCAACACUCGAGGAUCUUUUGACUGAAGCUUCACAGCAGGAAAUAAACAAAGCUAAAGUGGUCAGAGACAGCUCAGUGGAAGAUGGACUUUCACACUACCUGGAGUCUGACAUCCCAGACUUGAAGAAGAAGGAAGAGCUCUUCAGUGAUUAUCUGCACAUAUUUGAUGAUGUCUACGAAAAAAGCAACAACAAUCCAGAAGCUUCAUAUUUGUCUGCUCUGAAUGAGUUUUGGAGUAUGUGGCUACUCACAAGCUUCAAUGAAAAAGACUCUAUUGAAGACUUGAAAAGUAGACUGAAAGCAGACCUGCACACAGCCAGGGAGAAACUCAGAAGGAGAGAAUCACCCUCAUCAAACAUCUACCACUACAUUGCCUUUGGUAAUGACCUGCAAGAACAGGAGAACUUUGCAGGGAGCAUCAACAUGUACACUAAAGCCAUAGAGAAGGAUCACUGCUGGGGAGCUAUUGCAUAUUACAACCGUGCUUUCACAUCUCUGAAGCUGCAAGAAGGGCGUCAGAGUCCAGACUGCAUCAAUCGAGCUCUGGAAGAUUUGCAACAUGCACUCCAGUCUGUUCAGCUUCACUGGGACCAACUUGAGGUCACAUAUAGGUUCUCACAACAGCACAGCGAAAACAGUUAUUCACUUACCAGAUUUGACCAACACUUCAUAGCCAGAGCCACAGUGUUACUGUCAUUCAAGGAAAACAUCACAGAGGCCAUAAAGAAGGUGGAGAGAGCGAGAAAUAUGGGUGGGCAUCUCAAAGUAGAAGAGAGUCCAGUCUACUUCAUGGUUCCACUGUUGCAUUUUUUACCGAUGAUGAUCCUCUCAGUGGCAUCAGUGCGUGUAAUCCGGUCUCGAGACCCUCUGAUGUGCCAGCAGCUCAUCAGUGACCCCUCCUUUGAUAUUCUAAAUGAACUGGAGUGUGUUAAAUCUCAGGGCCUGACUCACAUCUAUACCUUAGAAACAGUGUUUUCUCUGGGAGGCUAUUUCUCAAAGAUUUUUAGAACCCGAAAGUCAACAAGUUAG